CGAAACGGGACGUUCGUGUUUUGUUACUCGCUAACUUGACAUCGUUUGUGCUAGCCUUUAGCUAGCUGGUAUUGAUAAGGUGAGCUGAGGAGAUUGUUGGAGAUUGUUGCUGCUCUUGAGGGACUUGGUCUCAUUUUUAACAACCUGAGCACAGGUCCAAGGGUGGAUAUUGUCGCUGAGUGCCUGGAUACGCUUGUCAUUUCUCGGAAAACAGCCUGUUGUCCUCAAACCUGCGGCGUGGGAGAAGCAACAACCGGUUAUCAAACUGAAUGGCCGAGGGCUCCUCAGACCCACCUGACCUCAAUCCAGAUGGGACGUCACAUAAAAAGCCACAUCAGCAUAAAUCCAGAAGAGGUCGGCCCAGACACAACAAUGACAGAAACCUGAGUAGUAAUAGUUUUGAUCCUUCUCAACGAUAUGGACACUUUCAUCAGGGCUUUAACCCCCCAUUUAGCCAUAAUAAUUUAGAUUAUGCAGAAUAUCAGCAUCUUCCCUACCAAGGAGAAGAUGGAGCCAGAAGGCGAGGCAGAGGUAGAGGGAGGCGAGAAGGGAAUAGAAGUGUAAACGGGAGUUUUGGUGGCUCCAGCUCCAUGUGGCAAAGACCUGGAAGUGACUAUGUCCUGCACAGUGGAGGCAACCACUCAGGUGCACAUCCCAUGGGUGGAGCUGAUAGCCCGAACUGGCGGAGAGGAGAUGUGAGCAGAAAUGUAGAACAAACCAAUGAAGACCAGGACGCCCGGGCAAAAAAACCCAGGAAGUUUAGCCAUGAGCAGAGGAGAGGAGAACAAAACAAGAAAGGCACCCGCUUAAAGGAGAACAACACUUCAGUAGAGCAUCAGAGGUCAGAUGACACCAAAGGAGAAAAUCAACCCUCAGAAAUCAGAGAGAGAACUCAGAGGAGCAGGGCAUGUCCAGACCUUCAACAUGAUGAUCUUCAGAGGAAACACUCUGAGGCACCCAAACCACCCAAACAUCAAUCUCAAGAGGAGGUGGGCUCAGAGGGUGGAGCCAGUGGCCAGGAUUACUCAGACCACAGGAGAUCAUCUCAGAAUUCAACCAGCAAGCCUGGGGGAGGUUCAGGACGACACACAACCCUCCAGGCCACAGGAGGGAGAAGGACACGCCAUCAAAACCAUAGACCUGGUCCGAGGAACUGGGACAAGAUGCCAGAGAGCAAGGAGACACAGACAGGGCGUCUAAUCGAACAGCUAUCCGAAGAGAAGUAUGAGUGCAUGGUGUGCUGUGAUAUUGUCAGGCUCAUGGCCCCGGUGUGGAGCUGCCACAGCUGCUUCCACGUCUUCCACCUGAACUGCAUCAAGAAAUGGGCUCGAUCCCCAGCCUCUCAGGCAGACGAUUCAGCUGAAGGAUGGCGUUGUCCAGCCUGUCAGAAUGUUGCACUGAAGAACCCGACUUCCUACACCUGCUUCUGUGGUAAAGUGACAAACCCAGAGUGGCAGCGCAGUGAGAUUCCCCACAGCUGUGGUGACAUGUGUGGGAAGAAAAGAAGUGGAUUGGAUUGCAACCACCCCUGUAACAUCUUAUGUCACCCUGGACCUUGUCCACAAUGUCCUGCCUUUGUUACAAAAUCCUGCAUAUGUGGGAAGACCAGUCAACCAAUGCGCUGUGGCCAGGCUACAGUGCUCCAGUGUGACAAAGUGUGUGGUGCUUUACUCAACUGUGCUGAACAUACGUGCACACAGGUUUGCCACAGUGGGGCAUGUCAGCCCUGCCAGCUGCAGGUUCAGCAGGUUUGCUACUGUGGAGUUACAACUCGUAAAGUCCUGUGUGGAACAGAUAAAGAAGGAUUUGAUGGUUUGGGAAAUUUCUCCUGUCAAAAAAUAUGUGGAAUGAUGUUGGACUGCGAAGCCCACCGGUGCCAGCAGGUGUGCCACCGUGGUCCAUGCCAGCAGUGCCCACGCUCCCCAACCCUGGUGAAGACUUGCCCCUGCGGUCAGACACCGCUGGCCAAACUCUUGGAGCUGGGCUACUCAGAACGACAAAGCUGCUCUGAUCCAAUCCCUUCCUGUGGAAAGACGUGCAACAAACCCUUGGCCUGUGGCUCCAGCGACACCAUCCAUCUGUGUGAGAAUCUGUGCCAUGAGGGCAGCUGUGGGCCCUGCUUGCUGACCUCUACCAUCAGAUGCAGAUGUGGCUCCAAGACCAAGGAGGUCCCAUGUGCAACAAUCCAGAAAGAGGAUGAGCUCGUCUUCACCUGCGAGAAGCGCUGCAACAAGAAACGCUCCUGUGGCCGACACAAGUGUGGCGAGCUGUGUUGUGUGACUGUGGAGCACAAGUGCCCCCUGAUCUGCGGCUACAAGCUCAACUGUGGCCUCCACCGCUGCCAGGAGCCUUGUCACCGUGGAAACUGUGAACCCUGCUGGCAGUCCAGUUUUGAUGAGCUGACGUGUCACUGUGGGCUCACUGUGUUGUACCCGCCCAUCCCCUGUGGCACCAAGCCACCAGAGUGCAAAAACCUGUGUACAAGAAGACAUGAGUGUGACCACCCAGUGUUUCAUAACUGCCACAGUGAAGAGAAGUGUCCACCCUGCACAUAUCUCACUCAGAAGUGGUGCAUGGGAAAGCACGAGCAACGCAGCAACAUCCCGUGCCAUCUGCAAGACAUUUCUUGUGGCCUGACAUGUAAUAAAGCGCUGCCAUGUGAAAUGCACCGCUGCAGACGGAUUUGCCACCGGGGCGAUUGCUUGGCAGAAGGCAGCUGCCAGCAACCCUGCAUACUGCCUCGUCCAGACUGUGGCCACCCGUGCUCAGUUCCCUGUCAUAAGGGCAGCGGCUGCCCACACACCACCUGCACUGCCAAGAUAGCUCUACAGUGUGAUUGUGGUCGAAGAAAGGAAAAAGUCAUCUGCACAGAAGCAGCCAGUUCUUAUCAGAGGUAUGCAGCCAUCGCCAUGGCAAGUAAACUGUCUGACAUGCAGCUUGGCGACUCCAUGGACAUUGGCCCGUUCCUCACUAAGAAAGAGUUGAGACAAACCAGGCUUGAAUGUGAUCAAGAGUGUGCUACUUUGGAGAGAAACAGGCGCCUGGCUGAGGCGUUACAGAUAGACUCGUCUUCUGACCCCUUCAACGUCCGCUCCACCUCUGUAUACAGCGACAGCCUCAAAGAGGACGCCAGAAAAGAUCUGAAAUUUGUCACAGAAGUAGAAGAGGAGAUCAAGAAUCUUGUUGAGCUUGUUAAUAAGGGAAAACAGCCAAAGAGGAGCCACUGUUUCCCACCCAUGAACAGAGAACACCGGAAGAUCAUCCACGAGCUGGCUGAGGUCUACAGUGUGGACAGCGUGAGCUACGACAGUGAGCCCAAACGCAACGUGGUCAUCACAGCGCACAAGGGGAAGUCGGCCUGUCCAAACUCAACCCUGACAUCACUGAUAGAGAGAGAGACGGCUGCAAGAGCCCCUCCUCCCAUUGCUCAUAUUAAACAGCACAGUAGCAAGGCUGCCAGUGGAAGCACCUGGUCGAAGAUGGUUAAAGAAGAGCCUGUGAUAGAUUAUUUUGAUGUCCAGGACUAAUAUGAGGCCAGACAAAAUAAGGGGAAACUUCAGGAUCUGCUCAGAAACAUCUCUCUACAUCUGCCAAAAAAAUCUGAAUAACGCUUUUCAUUUGUGUUCGUGAAAGAUCAGUUAGAAUUCCUCUGGCUUCAAAAUCGAAUAAAAUUGUGUUUGAGAACAUCUCUAAGAUGUGAUUGCCUUGUGGGGAAACCCACACUUGGUAAACCUGGGAGGAGGAAUUGAACGAGUGUUGAGUGAAGACUCCUAACGAAUUUAGAUAUUAAAGUUGAUCUAAACUUGCUCACAUUCUGAAGAUGGAACAUUGUGAAAAGCUCCAGAGUGUUUUCUUUGCCUCCCUUGUGUGCCGCCACUCCCUCAUUGAAGCCAAUUUAAUAAAAAAUUCCCCCUCAUUCAAAAGACACAAUUGUUGAUAUCAAUUUAAUGCAUCAGUUUCAAAAUUCAAGCACUCCUCAUAAAAAUAGCACAUAUCUCAACAGUAGAUGCUUCUUCAGAUUGAACUCUCUCGUUUGAGAUUCUCCAACAGUGUGCCAAGCAGUUUUUCAGCCAUGGGGUGUCUUUUUGUUUUUCCCUGCUGGUACUGAGCCAAGACUUCAGUAGUAAACCUCUGCUGAUUGAGGCUGUGGGUAGGUAGGAGUUGGCUGCACUGCGGAAAGAACGCUUUGUUUGAAACGCACAGCUAUGACCCAGAUGUGGUGCUGCAUUUUCUGAAAACUCUUCCAUAGUCAAACCUUAAGGAAUUUUGAGGUCAGGCUCAGCACUUCUGAACCUCAUGGGGAUUCAUAUCUUACUCAAGGACAUUUAAACAGGGAGGAUGUUGGUCAUCGUGAAAGCCAAUGGACCAUUUCAGUCAGGUUAAAAGAGUAUAGAUGCCAGCUCAGACUUGAGUCAUUAAACUGCACAGCAUAAAAACAGCAUUUGUAUUCACAUGCGACUCAGUUUUUCUUCUAUUUUUCUUUUUAUUAAAUCAUUAGCCACAGUUCUCUACAUGCCAAAAUAUGUCAAUAGACAAUAUAAUGGCAACGACUACAGCCUGUUCCUCCAUUUUACUUUUAUGCAGUUUUUAUGCAUUUUUCAAGAAAUUUGUGAAUAUGAACUGUGUGGUUUUUAGUUCACUCAAAAGUGAUAUGUUUACAGUUCCUAAGUCUAAAUUAAUUUGUUCUCAUUUUAUUGUGGAUAAAAAUACAUAAUAUUGUGUGUUGUCCAAGGAAAGCAAAAUAGUAUUUGUCUCAUGUAAUACCACAUCAUAUCUUGUAGAACAAGAGUCUUUAAAAUAUUCUCUCAAUGUUGAUAAUGAGUUAAGUUGUAAUAAUAGUCCAAAAUCACUCCAUUUCAUAGCCCCCUUUUCCUUUAUAAAGGGUUCAUAAGUUUGAACCGAUUGCUCUAUCAAUGGUUAAUUAAUCAUUUAGUAACCCUGUAUAAAUUCAUAAUAAACCAUUA